GGAAUUAAAGGAAAAAUUAAGCUUGGAAAUAUUGCAAGGUGGAAUAACGAAAGAUGGUUUAGUAUUACAAAUGCUUUCGACAUUUUGGUCGAACCUUUCCAUAAACAUAUUAAAAAUCAUUCAAUAUUUUUUGGAAUAA